AUGGUUGAAGGUCGAGCUGCUAUACCUGUUUGGUUUAAGCCCAGUCAGACCCAAUACUCACAUUUCCUUAGUUCUUGGGAUGAGGUGCGUUCCCUCUUUGAGGGGCUUUCCAUUCCUGAAGCGAUUGACCGUUUUUCUAAUAAAGAGAAUAAGGUUAUUGAAUUGUCUUCUGCCGAGUUUUCUGCUACCGCCAAGAAGCAAUUUGAAAUUCAAAUUGAGAACCUUGAAGCCCGAUUCAAAUUGGUUGCGGACCUCAAUCAAGAGCUAACCUCAAAACUUGGCGAACUAAAAGAGAAUUAUGAGGCAGAAUUGACUGAGAAACUUAAAGCCUUACAGCUGAAAGAGGAGGAGGUAACUUCUUUGACCACCUCCCUUGAUUCAGCUAAAGCCGAGGCUUCUGCCAGAACAGAUGAAUUAAAAACCUCUCAGAUGGCGCUGGUAGUCUACAAAGGGGGCGAGGACGUUCGUUAUAAGGAACGAGCCACCGCCAUGAUCGAGUCUACUGAGUUCAACCGGCCGAUUCGGUGGCUAGAAAACAUGGGUUUCUCCCGACUAUUGCAUAAUCUGUACACUGAGAACGAGCAAUUGAAAUCAGAGAACAAGGGGUUGCGACAGCAGGUUAUUGAAUUGUCUUCUACCGAGUUUUCUGCUACCGCCAAGAAGCAAUUUGAAAUUCAAAUUGAGAACCUUGAAGCCCGAUUCAAAUUGGUUGCGGACCUCAAUCAAGAGCUAACCUCAAAACUUGGCGAACUAAAAGAGAAUUAUGAAGCAGAAUUGGCUGAGAAACUUAAAGCCUUACAGCUGAAAGAGGAGGAGGUAGCUUCUUUGACCACCUCCCUUGAUUCGGCUAAAGCCGAGGCUUCUGCCAGAACAGAUGAAUUAAAAACCUCUCAGAUGGCGCUGGUAGUCUACAAAGGGGGCGAGGACGUUCGUUAUAAGGAACGAGCCACCGCCAUGAUCGAGUCUACUGAGUUCAACCGGCCGAUUAAAAUUUGUCGGUUUCAUGUACGUGUAUUAAAUGCUACUUAG